AUGCCCCGGGCAAGCUCCCGCUAUCCCAGCCCGCCAGACGACGACGUGCGGGAGGACGGCUCUCACACGGCGCAGACACCGCCGUCGUAUAUCUCCCAGGCCCUCGCCGAGGCGCUCGAGAGCCCCGUCACGCAAGACGUGUAUAACCUGGCCGCCACGCUCACCACACAGCAAGACGAAGACGCACAGUACGACGCGACGCUGCGCUCGCUGCGCGCAGAUCUGGAUGAGCACACGGCUGCCCUUACGCAGAUCCAGAACGCCAGCCUGGACCGCCAUCAGGAGCGCCUGCAGAGGUCGCACGACAGGACCAGGACGCUGGAGCGCGAACGCAGCGAGCUCGAGCAUCGCGACCGGAGCGACCGACUGCGGCGGGUGAUGAACCGCCUGGGACGCCUCCACGACGAGACACGGGGCCCCUAUCGCACCACGACCGCCACGACCAGCAGCGAACACAUCCCCGCCCAAGAUCGGCUGGCAUACCUCCACAACGAGGCCCGCGAGGCCCGCACUGCUGCGUACGGCGACCGCGUCCCCAGCCGGAACAGCCUGUACGACUGGUCACCCGCCGCCGAAGCCGACGACGACGCAGAGCUCGAAGGCAUCCUCGCCGAGCUGCGGCGCGAGCAGCCAAAUACCCACCCCGAGAUACUGCGCGUGCUGGGACGUUCGCAGCUGGACUCGGAAAGGGAGCGGUCGCGGGCGGCCGUGUCGCGACUGCUGAACUCGUCGCAGCCAUCACAGUCAGCCGACAGCUCUCUGAGGUCUGCUGCGCUCCUGCAAUCCGUGCGGAGAAACCCCAGAUUCUCUGCCCGCACACGAGAUCUUGCCCAGCGCUAUACUGACAGAGAUGGGGGCAAUAGGACACCUCACCCGAGCGACUGGAGGGACAGGUCCCACAUGACAUCCGAGUCGACGCGGGCCGCCAUGGACCGCUUGUCGCAGCGACGGACGUCGGCAGAACAGACGCGGGAUCGCGACAUGCUACAGAGAGUAGACUCGUACCGUCGGAGCUAUCUGGAACGAGCCUCGAACCCGCCGUCAACGGUCUCGCCCAUGCUGGAACAGACCAUAAAGUAUCUGUCGCAGAUACGUCAUUCGAGCAACAUCGACGAUAGCUUAAACUAUGCCAUAGACGCAGGCUUCCUCGGCAAGGACUACUUUGUCCAAGACCAUCAGGACUUUGUUUUGGAUCCUUUCAACAUACCUCCACCUGCGGAGACGUCGUGGCUGGCCCCUGGUGCUGUGCUAUCCGGCUGCCAGCACGCUACGACUGUCACGUCAACUGUCACUACCACGGGGGGCUCAGGUACCAGUACAACGCUGUACCGCUUCACGCACACCGGCAACAGACUUUCAGAUGCACGUACCAUGUACGCAUCCUCGAGAAAUCGGACCUCGCUUUCUCCACCUGACGUCGUGACAUCGCAUUCCCCACAACAGGACCGCUGGCCCGUCAAAGUUACCAUUCAUUCGGUGGACUACGACCGCAUGGCGCUUUCCGCGACCAUGGAAGCGUAUAACGUCCCGAGUCAUCCGCACAGUCAUCAAUCUCUACUCAGCAACUCCGAUCUCGAGCCCUCUUUUACACGCACCUCCUCCAUCACUACCUAUCUCGAAGGCGAGAUCUUGGAUUUCAAUACGCAUACCCUGCUCACGGAAUCGUUCAAGUCGACGGCCGGCAACGAUGCGACCUACUGGAGGAAAUUACCGAUAUUUCAGGGCAUGACAGAUGACGACAUGGUGCGCUGCUUGACGAGUAAGGCAUGGUUCGACGAGGUCCUUAGCAAGGAAUGGAUUCUGAUGCGGUGGAAAGAAAGAUGUUUCGUCAAGUCCCUCAACCGUUCCACGGCAGACCCAGUUCAGCCUCCAGCAUCGACCACUAUACCGCCUGAACCCACGCGGCACUAUACGUCCCUGGCCUCGUCAUCAGAUCCAACGCAGAUCUGGGGCGAACCUGGUAGUUUCCGCAGUGGAGAUCCCGAACACACUGCCUUCGACGACUCUGGAUGCGGUCUUACGAUCAGCGGGUUCUACUACGUUUGUCUGAGACGCAGCGACGGGAAGCUGGAGGGCUUGUACUUUGAUCCGCAGAGCAGUCCGUAUCAGUGUUUGAAGCUGGAGAGUGUGAGGGGAGGCGUAUUUCCUGCGUGGGGCUUUAGAUGA